AUGAAAUUGCGUUCACACGAAAUAUUAGUAUCGAAUCAAGGAGAAAGAGAUAAACAAACAUCAUCAUUUAAAACAUUUCGUAAAAAUUUAUUUAAAAAUAAAAAAUUAUCAACACCGAAACAAACCAAUCAACGUCAUAUACAUAAAAAAAUACCAGAUUAUUUUAGAAAAAGUAUAUUACGAUUUCUAGUCGAGUCUUCGACCAAUGUUAAUCCUAAAGUUUCUUCAACAAACGAAAAUUUGAUUUUAUACAAAAAUAACAAGGAAAUUGAUCUUCCUUUAUCGAAAAUAGUUCGUCGUGCUCCAUUAAUGGGUAUGCAAGCAUUAAAUAAACAGAAAAUAUUACGUCGCACAAAUUCUGUUCAUACUAGAUCAAUAACAAAAGUAGAAAGACAACCGAUAAUUGAAAUACAAUCAUUAGAUGAUACAGCAUUAGACUCGAAUAAUUAUGAUAUGACAGUUUUAGAAAUUGGAAAAUAUGAUGAUCAUCAAUUAGAAUCAAUGACGAAAAAAAGAAUACCAUCUUGGGCAAGAAAAAAUGAAUUGCAAGUAGCAAUUGUGAAUCAAAUGUAUUUUCAACGAAAUCCAAGUAAAAUAUUUGGUAAACGUUCAAAUUCUCAUUUAAAAAAUAUGUUCGACUCUUUGCUACCAAAUAUUAAUGAUAAAAAAACUAGUAAUGAUACAAUAAUAACUAUGACUAAACUUUAA